AUGGCACAACCAAAGACAAUACCAGCAUCAACAGCACAGAUCGAGAAAAAAGAAACUGAAAACAAAAAUUUUGCAGAUCUUGUUAUAGAUGAACAAACUAUUGCAGCUGCCAUACGUGAACAAGAUGGUGAAUUAGUAUCGCUUCAUAGAGAGGUUGCUACUAAAAAAUGGACUCUUUCAUUAGGAUAUGGUUAUGCGACUCAGUGGCAGAAAGCAACCGAAAAAGAUGAAAUAUCAAAUAGAAACGGUGUAUUUGUUCUUAGUCUAUUGGGUAAUACGACAGUUGGUAAAAGUUUUGUGACAAAACGUCUCUUAACAAAUACCGAAUAUGGUCCACAACUUGUUGACGAAAACAAGAUGGAAAGUAGUACCACGGGAAAUAUUAAUUGUUUUGAAAGCAGAGCACCGAAGGACUUAGCAGAGAAAAUGCUGGUGCUAGACUAUGAAGGUGAGAAAGGAUCAUCAUUUCCUUUGAUGCUACAUGCACGGGAAUUCUUCACUGAACGAAUUGACUUAAAUAGUGAUUACGGAAAGGAGCGAUGUAAAGCGGUCACUGAAUAUUUUCCUAAGUUGGCUUAUGUUUUGAGUAAUAUUGUCAUUCUGAUAGGUACAGAGGAACUUAUUUCGGCUGAUUUUCUUAGCCGCUGUUAUGAAUUCGCUUUAAGCGCAAAUACAAACAUUAGUAAUAUUCCAUAUUUGCCAGUUUUGAUUAUAAUUGAGAACAAAUGCUCGUUAGUUAAAAAGUUUGGCAUCAAAGAUGUCACCAAUGAAUUUUUUUAUAUUCAUCGCCAAGAAGCCGACGACUUGAAAAAAUAUUUUUCUGAAAUUUAUUGUUUACGUCUACCGCAUACAGGACACACUCAGAAGGUAAAAGGUGUUCGAAUGGUUGGGGAGGCUGUAGUCGACGAGCAGCUUGCUGCUUUGAAAAAUCUUAUCGCAGACAUUAUUUUGAGACAUCGAGAACGCUUAAUUACACAUGUACAAUGGUUAUUUUUAUUAGAACGUGUUCUAGCUAGUGUUUCUAGUGGAAAAUCAGUCUCGAUGCAUAGUUUACUUUCUGAGAUGACUAGUUCAAUAGAUAAUGGCAAUCAGUCAAUCGUUAAAAAAAUUUUCAUACAUUUAUAUUUCAAUGGAGAUCUUCGAACACCGGAAUUCUAUCAAUAUUGUCGAAACUUUGCUAUGAGAGUUCUUUCACGAAACGUAGCUAUCAAAUUACUUCAACAAGAAGAAACUCUUUCCGAUCGUUUUAUACGGGACACAUGUAAAACAGAAAUGCUUCUAAUGUGGAAAAUACUUGACGAUUAUAAACCUUGCGAAGCACGUUACACUGGGCAUGGUACAAGUAUCUCUGGUACUUCCGUUUUUUGCUAUCAAAAUAAAGGUUCACACCCACGUCAUCGUACUUCUGAAGGAAUCAAAAAUAUGUCUUGGAUUACGUCAUUGUUUGGACGGCCUUCUACAGUCGUCUGGUAUGGUGAUUUUGUAAACAAUGACGCUGAACAACCUAGCGCAAAAGAAUUAGAGGAUUUCACGAAUUUGACAAGGGAAUUCUUGAAUUGUUUUAAACAAACUCCAGAGGAAAAGUAUGUAAAAUUCAAAACUUUAUUGCAAGAAGCACAUAUUGAGAGUCGUCCUCGCAUUUCUCAAGCAAAUCUUUGCGAUUGUUGCCUUAAAAUGAUGCCCAGGAAUUUAGAAGAAAAAAUAGCUUAUAGAUAUUUAAGAUCGUAUUUAAGACUUAUCGAAACUGCUAGCUCUGUCAUCACUAUUUGUAAAUCAUGUAAGAAUGAACUAAACAUGAUCUCAUUGACUAAUAGGUCAAUGCCUGUUUCACGCACUAUUGCUGAAGCAUUAGUAACAGAAGUGUCUGUAGAUAAUACUAUAAGUGAUGGCGAUGAUUGCGCUAUCUGUAUGGCAGAUAAAAAAGACUAUACUCUUGUACCAUGCGGGCAUCAUGGAUUUUGUUUCGAUUGCGCUACUAGAAUGCAACAGGAAUAUGGAUUUUGUCCAAUUUGUCGAAAAAAUAUCGAGUCAAUAUUAAAAAGUAAAAAUACAUGA